AUGAUAUCCAUUAUAACAUCAAUAUUCAUUAUCCUCCUAGGUAUUCUUCUUUAUCUAAUAAUAAAAUAUCCGGAUAGAAGUAUAGGUACAAAUGCAAGACCAGAUCUUACGGGACCAAAAGGUUUACCGUUAAUUGGAAAUCUUUUCAAAAUAAGAGAGAAAGGGUUAACAAAAUUUAUGUAUGAUGUUUUAAUGAUUUAUGGUCCAAUUGCUACUUUUACUUUUCCAGGAUUGGGUAGAUUUAUUACAAUUAAUGAUCCUGAAAGUAUAGAAUAUGUUAUGAAAACAAAUUUUGAUAAUUACAUAAAAACUCCUGGUAGUAGAAUAAGAUUACUUGACUUGUUAGGUGAUGGUAUAUUUAACGUUAAUGGACAAAUGUGGAAAUUUCAACGAAAGUUGGCUAGUCAUUUAUUUUACGGAAAAAAUUUUCGUGAAAUUAUUUGUGUUGUAUUUGAAGAAGAAACCAAAAAUUUUUUAAAAAUCAUGGAAAAAAAAGUGAAUAGUGGGGAAAUUUUUGAUUUACAAGAAUUAUUUUAUAGGUUUACCUUGAAUUCUUUUGGGAAGAUUACAUUUGGAUUGGACUUUGAUUGUUUAACAAAUAUUAAAAAUCCUGUAAAAUUUGCGGUUGCAUUUGAUUUAGCACAAACAAUAACUAAUAAAAGAGUUACAAAUCCUUACUUGUGGAGGUGUAAUGAAAUGUUUACAGAUGAAGGUCAUAAGAUUCGUGAAGCUUGUAAAUAUUUAUCGGAUUUUGCCUAUGAUAUAAUUAGGAAACGUCGAAGUAACCCGGAAUAUUUGAAAAAUCCCAAAGAUAUUCUUAAUCUUUUCAUGAAUGCCGAAUAUGAAAAUGGAGAAAAAUUAACCGAUAAAGAAUUAAAGGACAUUAUAAUAAAUUUAAUCAUUGCUGGACGUGAUACGACCGCGCAAGAACUCGCGUGGAUGAUGUAUAAUGUAAUGGUAAAUCCAAAUGUGGAAGGAAAAUUAGUAGAAGAAGUAAAUUCUUUACUCUCCGAGGAUAAUCCAAUUCCAAAAUAUGACGAUAUUAAACAAUUCGAAUAUACACAAGCCACAUUUUAUGAAACACUCAGAUUACAUCCGGCAGUACCAAUAAGUAUAAAGUUAUGCCUUAAAGAUGAUAUGCUUCCAAAUGGUACACCAAUUUAUGCUGGUGAAUUAGUGAACUGGUCUUCUUGGGCUACUGGAAGAGAUGAAAGAAUAUGGGGUGAAAAUGCAAAAAUAUUUAGUCCUGAACGAUUCUUAAACUCUGAAGAUGGUUUGAAGCCAAGUCAAUAUAAAUUCACUAGUUUCAAUUGUGGUCCAAGAUUAUGUCUCGGACAGAAUUUUGCUACGAUAGAAGCUAUGACAUUGGCAACUUCAUUAUUAAGAAUAUAUAAAUUUGAAAGAAUACCAGGUCAAAAAUCUCCGCCUGAUUUUGGCGUUUCUAUAACUUUACCAAUGAAAGAUCCUUUAUUAGUUAAAGUUCAUCGAAGAAAUUAG